CUCUCUCUCUCCAAACCCCCAAAAUCCAAAGUCAUUCACUCACUGAAACCCUUUCUUCUCUUCUCUCUUCCCUCAUCCCUCUCUCUCUCUCUCUCUCUUAUCAAUCACUUCAUUUACUGUAUCUCUCUCUCUCUCUCUAGAAAGCGACCAAAAGGACACUCUUGUAGGCAUUGCUACAGUUGGCACAAGCGCUACAUCCAAAAGGCCAAAGAGCGCUUUUGCUUCUUCCCUCGUCUUCACUUAACAAACACAGAGAAGGGUUGAGUCUUUUUUAAGAGAAACUCAAUCCAGGCAACAAUAGGCUCUCUCUCUCAAAAAAUUAGAGUAAAUAAAAAGAUAAAAUCGGAUUCGAUGGCGGAGAUACAACCACCGAUGGGUCAGAUCAACGGCGGACAACUCAUGUUGGGUUCAUCCGAGACCGUGGGAUCGAAGCGACAGCGAAGGCCCAGCGUCCGAUUGGGCGACAUCGGAGGAGACCAGCCGUACGAUUCGCACGUGCGACGCACCACCAAGCAAUGGAAGCUCCCACUUGAUCACCGGAAAGACUCCAAUAAGUCCUCAAAGACUCGACCUUUAACGAAUUUGAGCGCUGGUGCCGACUUCCAAGAAACCCUAGACGGCGAAGAUAGAGAGGGAAAUCUCGAUAGUGUUGCCAUUGGUAGCUGGAAGGUCAAGGACACCAAGAAAAGAGCUUCGAACACGAAAAGGGUCAGAUCCAAUUGGGUCUCUUCCAAGAUUGAUGAAGGUGGUGGUGCUGCUGCUGCUGAAGGGGAUGAGAAAUUUAGCGGAGGUGAGGAUGUUGAAGAUGGGUAUCGGGAUUUUGAUGUCGAAAACUCCGAGUCUCCUUUGAAAGACCAGAGCCCAAUUCAUUCUUCCGACAAUUUGGGUGUGGAUGGGCAUUUGAAUGAAAGGGACGUGCUUUACCAGGGAAGUAGGAGACCCAUUAGGACUAGGGUUUCGGAGGGUAGGGACCACCAUGAUGGUGUUGAGCUAUCUGUGCCGUCGGAUAAUGAUGCAAGGGAUUGGAAUUGUAGAGGGACUAGUGGGGAUAGAAAUGGGAAUGAAGGCAGAGGGAGGUGUGGGGAAGAUGGUGUUAGGGUUUGGCUCAAUGGGCUAGGAUUAGGUCGUUAUGCCCCGGUGUUUGAAAUUCAUGAGGUGGAUGAUGAGGUAUUGCCCAUGUUAACUUUGGAGGACCUCAAGGAUAUGGGCAUAAAUGCAGUUGGUUCCAGAAGGAAAAUGUAUUGUGCAAUUCAGAAGCUUGGAAAGGGGUUUUCUUGACUUUUGUUUUUGUGACUGUUGGCAAUUGAAAGACCAAAAUGAAGAAGAAAAAAAAUCCUCAGCCAUGGCAAUGUUAAUGGCAGAGUGGAGAUAGACAAGGAGGUGAAUUUUGGAUGGAAGUCCAACUUGGUUUGUUGUUGCUAAACCUGAAAGUUGAGAUCGGAUGUAAAGAGUUGCGUAGUUCUCUUAUGGCAUUUAACUGUAGAUUGGAUGUCACUCAAAGGGAUUUUCUCCCGAUACAUCCUUCAUGUGACCAGGAUUGGGAUGUAGAAUCUAAGGGGUCAGGCAUUGUUGUUAGAAUGUCCUUGAUUAAGGAGGGUUGAGGGGUUAUUGCUGAGAUGUUGGCAGGGAAAGUCUGCAUUCUAGUUAGGGCAGGGUUUGAAUGUGAUGAAUGAGAGUUGGCUUUAAAAAGGGGUUUGAUUUUGGCAGGGACAUUAGCUGUGCGCCCCUUUCAAGAGAAAAGGUAUAAAUUCACAUGUGAGAAAUGAUGUCUGAUAUUAGGAGUUGUGAUACAGUCUUUCUUGCAUUUGAAUUAUGAUCUUCCGUAUUUAUGGCGACAAAUUGGUAAUAGUGGCAGCGUUGAUACAGAUCUCAACUAUCUAUUAGAAUGAUUUAAAAUUAAACAAAAUCCAAUGUUAAGGUGAUUUCCAUAUGAUGAUGCUGUUGUGCAGUAGAGUUAUAUAGCUUUCACUAGUUGCAUGUAGUUGCUCAACAAUUUUCAGGAAGCAAAUGCGAGUUUUAUAGGGCAAGGCCAACGUGUAGAUAUAUAGCUUCAUUAUUCUGGCAUUUCCGGAGAUAUACAUAUCCACAAUGAUCAAGUCCUUGUGUGCCACAAUCCGGGAAGUUCCAUAGUGAGCGGACUUAUGAGUUCUAGGGCCAUUUCCA